CUGCCAUGUUUGUCGUGGGCUCUCGCCCCUUGCAAAAGAAAAGGGACAGGAGCAAACAGGUUGCCUGGAUUCCUGACCGACUUAUCUCUUUUCACUUCCACGAAGGCUUACUGUUAUUUCAACUCAAGUUUCUUUUCGGGACCUUCUCUUUCCACGUCUCUGUUCCUUGGAUAAUACUGAGGAUGACGCCUCAGCACUGCCCUCAGCUGAGGCAGAUAUGAAAGUGGCAGCAACAUGACCCGGGAUCCCCUAACGCUGGAUUGUGGGCCACGGAAGAGCAGAAAAGUCAAGUUGAGCUGUGAGCAUGGAGAAUCAGAUCCCAGGAGCCCAGGACAGGGGAGGUCACCACCACGAUGAGGCUUGAGUAAAAAUGCCCUCAGCCUGCGGUUCAGACCAUGUACUCUUUCGUCUGCCUGCCGCGAAGGGAUGGCAUCUGGCCCGCCCCUCUACUGCUGCCGCCCAUCCAGACCCACAACUUCUGCAGCCGUUCAGCCAGCCUGAGCACUGGAGAGUGGGGGGCCGGAAGAGAAUUCCACUGCUUCUAUGGCGCGGGCGUGGCCCUAGCCCCGGCCACCGUGCCGCCCUGGUGGUCCUUCCCUCCGCCCCGCGCCGCGGCCUUCAGUUCGCAGGUCACCCCCGGGCGGCUGCAGCUGGCGCCGGAGGCCAACCGCUGGGCGCCAUGGCCAGAGGGCAGCAGCAUGCAGGCAGAGCUGCGCUGGGGCCGCGUGGAACGCACGCUAGGGCCCCGGCUGCAGCUGCCCGACUUCCUGCUCCGGGAGCUGCGGCGCGUGUACGGCACGUACCCACGCACCGAUGUGCGCGUCACCCAGCGUCGUGGCGAGUUCCUGCUGCAGGCCGCGCCGCGCGUGGGUGAACCCGAGUACCGCGUGGCGCGGCGCGUGGUGCGCGAGCAAGAGAGCGGAGGUGACGGCCCGGAUGGCCCCGCGGCUCCAAAGGCCGCGCAGCGAGGCGGUGCCAAGAAGAAAGGUCGGAGCUGAGCACGCAGCUUCCAUGCGUCCCAGGCGACCGCUAGGAGGUGGCGCUGGUGCCCUUGAACCCGGCGCCUGCUCAUCUGGCUUUUGCAUUUUCUCCUCAGGACCCAGCUGCCCCCACCCCCCAUUCAAUCCUCCCAGUUUGGUUUCUCUUGCUUUAUUGAUGGACCCUGCGGAAGGGCGAGGGAGAUAUCCCUCUCCUUUCCAGAUGGUCCUGGAGUGAAAGCAGCUCUUAGGCUACCCCUAAGAGGCCUGUGUAUAAUAAGCCUCAGCUUUCCUUCUUCCUUUCUUUGUAGCAGAGCAUCCCUCUCCCCAAAGCUAUGGGAGCCACAGCAAUCCCCAGCUUGUUAAGAAAACUGAAUAAGGCCGGGCGUGGUGGGGCACGCCUUUAAUCCCAGCACUUGGAAGGCAGAGGCAGACGGAUCUCUGUGAGUACAA